GAUGAUUAUUAUAGCAUUAUUCGUGCUAAUCCUAUCUCUGUUAGGAACACUGGCAUACAAACAUUUAAAAGCAUUUAAUUAUUGGAAAGACAGAGGGAUUUUUAAUCCCAAACCACUCCCGUUCUUUGGCAAUAUUUUCGAUAUCGCAACUUUUACAAAAUCGGGAGGUGAAGUAUUUAAAGAUUUAUACGAUCAAAGUGACGCUCCAUAUUUAGGCAUCUAUUUAUUGGAUCGUCCUGUUUUGCUUAUGAAAGACCCACAAAUUAUAAAAAGAAUAUUAAUUAAAGAUUUUAGAUUGUUCACAGAUAGAACACUAGCAGAAUCGACUCACAAUGACAUUUUUAGAAACUUUUUGUUAAUGUCCAGAAGUGGUAGAUGGAAGUUACUCAGGAACCAAUUAACCCCUUUGUUUACUUCUGGUAAACUAAAAGGAAUGACUGAUAAAAUUAAUGAUGUUUCCAACAAUCUAAUGUUUCAAAUAUCGAAAAGUAAAGAUCCCCUCUGCGUUAAGGAAAUCUAUACAAAUUUCAUGACCGAAGCCAUAGCCAGGUGUUUCUUUAACAUAGAAACUAAAUGUCUAGAAGACGAUAAAAGUAUAUUUAGAGAAAUACUUAGAAAACUCUUUAAUCCAUCUUGGAAAACUCUAGGAGUACAACUCCUCUAUUUUGUGAGGACGUCAUGGGUUAAUUAUUUAGGUUUAAAUUUCGUCGACACUACUGCUAUCGGAUACCUCAUUAAAGUGUUUACUGAAGUAAUCGAAACAAGAAAGGAAAUAAAUGUAUCCAAACCGAAAGAUAUUGUUGACCUGAUGAUCGUUAAUAAAAAUAAGAAGGAUGAGGGAUUUGGAAAAACAGGACAUUUUGCCAGCGGUGUUCAAUUUUUGGUGGCUGGAAUAGAAACUACAAGUACGGGACUUUCAUGGUUUAUGUUCGAAAUGUGUCAAAGACAGGAUAUACAAGAGAAGUUAAGAGAAGAAAUUAUUAGGGUACUUAGAAAACACAAUGGACAAAUCACUUACGAUGCUGUGCAAGAAAUGAAAUAUUUGGAUUUAUGUUACUUAGGUAUUUAUUAA